AAAUCAGCUGUUCUCGUCGAUAAAUAAUAUUCCCCUGGUCAGUUCUAUUUGAUUCGAAGAUGGCGGAAGUUUAUGAUCUGUUGUUUGGUGGACCUGGCAAAGAAUCGCUGGCAGGUUGUAAAGACAUCAUCUUACAGGCAACACAGGCUCUUCUUACGAACGAUGUCGACGAACAUGCGUUGUUUGAUUAUGGACCUGCAGUGGGGGAUCCUGAGGUCAGGCACCAGUUGGCAGAAUUUUUGAAAAUUCAGUAUAACGAUAAUGUAGAGAGCGAUAAUUUGUUCAUCACCGCCGCCGCCACACAAGGAAUACACCUAGCAACCACGGUACUUAUGAGCAAAGAUGCCCCUAUAUUUGUGGAGGAUCCAACAUUUUUCAUUGCUCAUGGGAUGUUUCAAAGGGACUAUGAACGCCGAGUUAUCCCUGUUCAAACGGAUGACGAUGGAAUCGACCUUGAUGUUUUUGAGAGGCUGUUACAGGAAACCCCCUCGCCUACAGAAACUAAAUACCCCUUCCGUCGGAUGUUGUAUGUGAUGACCGUCCACCACAAUCCCAAGGGGUCUUGUCUCCCGCCAGAGAAAUGUCGGCGCCUCGUGUAUCUGGCCCGGAAGUACGAUGUGCUUCUGUUUGGGGAGGAUGUGUACGAUCUACUGACCUACACAGAGGAUGGGGUCCCUCCCCUCAGGCUCCUAGCCUACGACAACAAAGAGGAUCCGGAUUACAGAGGUCACACAAUAUCUAACUGCACGUUCUCCAAGAUCUUUUCUCCGGGGCUGCGAUUAGGUUGGAUUGAAACAUCACCGCGAAUCAUACAAAUGUUGAGAGAUUGUUAUACGACCGCAAGCGGAUUUUGCUUUAACCAUUACGUGUCCCGUGUGGUCGGGAAAGCAUUAGAACUAGGCCUUGUGCAGACCAAUCUAGCCGGGCUGCGGAAGUUGUACGGGGAAAAAAUCCGAGCAGCCUGUCGCCGACUUCGAGAAAAUCAGACCCCUGUUUCUUUCAUGGAGCCCAAGGGUGGUUUCUUUUUAUGGUUAAAACUUCCAGAAAAUAUCAAUGGGGAGGAAUUCCAAGAAAAGGCCAAAGCAGAAAAUCUGUUGGUUAUGGCCGGUUCACAGGCGUCGAUGUGUGGAAACUACAAGAAUUUUAUCCGCAUCUCCAUCAGUGUCAUUCCUCGCGAUAAAAUUGAACAAGGAAUGGAUAAACUGUCCGAACUCCUUCGAUCGUACGAUGUUUAAUCAUUUUGUGGGGGAAAUACAUGGAUAAUUAAAAUGAAAAUAAAAAAUACUUGCAUGG